AUGAAGUACGUUUUGGUGACAGGAGGAGUGGUGAGUGGACUCGGGAAAGGAGUCACUGCGAGUAGCAUUGGACUCCUCCUCCAAGCCUGUGGCCUUCGUGUCACUUCCAUCAAGAUUGAUCCUUAUCUUAAUACUGAUGCUGGAACAAUGUCUCCGUUUGAGCAUGGAGAAGUAUUUGUAUUACAUGAUGGUGGAGAGGUGGACUUGGACCUUGGCAACUAUGAGCGGUUUUUAGACAAUACAUUGUCACGUGACAACAAUUUAACAACCGGAAAGAUAUACCAGUCUGUUAUUGACAAAGAGAGGAAAGGAGACUACCUUGGGAAAACUGUACAGGUGGUUCCCCAUGUUACUGACGCAAUCCAAGAGUGGAUUGAGAGAGUAGCUAAUGUUCAUGUGGAUGGAAAGGAAGGUCCUCCUGAUGUCUGUGUUAUUGAAUUAGGCGCGACUAUAGGUGAUAUUGAAUCUAUGCCUUUCAUUGAGGCCCUUGGUCAAUUCUCUUAUAAAGCUGGACCUGAUAAUUUCUGCUUGGUUCAUGUGAGCCUUGUGCCUGUUCUCAGUGUUGUUGGUGAACAGAAGACAAAGCCAACGCAGCAUAGUGUGAGAGGACUCAGGGGCCUUGGUCUGACACCAAAUAUCCUAGCAUGUCGCAGCACCAAGGCACUUGAAGACAAUGUCAAGACAAAGCUAUCUCAGUUUUGCCAUGUGCCUGAAGAGAAUAUUGUAACGCUCUAUGAUGUACCAAAUAUCUGGCAUGUUCCGCUGCUUCUAAGGGUUCAUAAAGCAAUCUUAAAACAGUUGAACCUCCUUGGAAAAGCUGUAGAGGCUGACAUGACAGAGUGGAGUGCAAGAACUAAAGUUUAUGAUACACUGCAAGAUCCUGUUAGUCAACUUUUUCUUAAAUAUCUUUUUUGA